AGUAUUGUCCUUCGGCAAGGUCGUCAUGGCUUCCAAGAUCCAGGUCCGGUUUCGUUUCACACCCUUUGUGGCUCUCGCCUGCCUUCUCCGUCCCGGGGCGCCCAUUGAGCUCUCCGACUGGUCCAACGACGGUGGCGCGACGUGGUACGGCGCACCCCACGGAGCUGGGAGCGACGGUGUCGAACUGUCUAUGCACGGAGACACACAUGAAACUGUGGCGCGUGCGGGUACCAGAACGCCGUGGAACAGCCACCGUUCUCCUCCAUGGUCACCGCCGGCGGCCUGUCCAUCUUCCAGAACGGCAAGGGCUGCGGCUCCUGCUUUCAGGUGAAAUGCACCGAGCACGCGUCGUGCUCCGGCAGCCCGGUGACCGUGGUCCUCACGGACGAGUGCCCCGACGGCGCGUGCCAGCAGGAGCCCGUGCACUUCGACCUGAGCGGCACGGCGUUCGGCGCCAUGGCGAAGCCCGGCCAGGAUGACCUGCUCCUCAACGCCGGCCGCCUCAGGGUCCAGUACACUCGGGUGCCAUGCAACUGGCACGGGAUGGACGUCGCGUUCAAGGUGGACGCCGGCUCGAACCCAUACUACUUGGCGGUGCUGAUCGAGUGCGAGUCCGGGGACGGCGACCUGCGGUCCGUGGAGGUCAUACAGAGCGGCGGCGCGUGGGCGCCGAUGCAGCAGUCGUGGGGCGCGGUGUGGAAGUACAACUCGGGCCCCGCCCUCCAGGCACCCAUCUCCCUCCGCCUCAUCUCCGGCUCCGGCAGGGUGCUCAUCGCUGACAAGGUCAUCCCGCCCGGGUGGACCCCCGGCCGCACGUACCGCUCGAUCGUCAACUUCAACUUCUCAUGAAAAAUGCUCGGAGAUACAUGUUGAUGCGCCGCCCGCCCGCCCGCCUGUAUCAAAAGCGUGGUGUUAGUUUGGUUUAUGUGUUUCGAGCUGUGCCCGUGCGAUGCGUAAUCGCCGUUAGGGUAGCGUGCUGUUACAUGUGCAAAUCCGCCGUUAUGUGUUCCAGAGGAAUGGUG